AUGAGUGUUGUGGUUAUAUUUUUCGGUGUUGUUGCUGCGGUGUUUUUACAAUGCGCAAAAGCACAAACUGUACAUGUGGUGGGAGAUAGCAUUGGUUGGACUAUUCCAACAAGUGGUCCUUCCGCAUAUCAAACUUGGGCGGCCCGUAAGCAGUUCGUGGUUGGUGAUAUCCUCUAUUUCAACUUCGUCACAAAUGCGCACGAUGUCCUUCAAGUGCCGAAAGAAUCCUAUGACAGCUGCAGCUCAUCCAAUCCCAUCGGCGACAUCAUCACCACUGGCCCCGUCAACGUAACCCUAUCCACUGCUGGCAACCAUUACUACCUCUGCACUCUCGGUCGGCAUUGCCUUUCAGGCCAGAAGUUAUCUGUUACCGUCUCAAGCUCUCCAGGUGUUGUCCCGCCUACAAGUACGAGUACUCCACCUUCCACAACAACUCCCACCACACCAUCUCCGACAUCAGGGACCCCUGCUGAUUGCGCUCCAACUCCUGUAUCAUCCCCUGCUCCAACCCCAGGGGCAAUGUCGCCACCUGAUCCUUCAUCAUCUAGUGUCUUUGUUAGUUUAUUCAUCUCCUUGUUGUCCAUUGUCGUCGUCUUACUUUUCUAA